AUGGCAGCAUUUCUUCAUAGAGUACUGAUAUGCGGAUUUCUGUUUGGAUGGCUGGAUUUUUACCAUUGUUUUCCACACACAAUUGUUGCACCAUCUAGUCCGAAUGGCAACCACUACUAUGAAUAUUUUGGAGCGUGCAAGUUUAACGUCGAUGUCGGAGACGUCUCAUGGACUGUGAAUAUUACAUUUAGCAGAGAUCUGCAUUCCGUUGACAUAACAGGUGCUAAAGUAAUAAGUGAUCAUCUUAAGAAGAGAUGGGUCUGUGUUCGAAGCUCGAAUAAACUCCAUCCUCCGGAGAUCGCUACUGUUGAAUUUAAUCCAUCUUACGAAGGUUCCGAAGGGCCUUAUGGGGAUUGUUUUGUUCUAAAGAACAGCCAGACAGAAUGCCUAGGCCAUGUGGCUGUUACCUUUUCAGAUCCCGACGUUACUUCCCCAGCCACCGAUACAACUCGUACAUCAACGACAAGUGUUGCCCAUUCUAGCACAUUAACAACGUCAACUAUUGGGUCUGCUAGCACAGUAUCGACAUCAAGUGUUGGUUCUAUUAGCACAAGCACUCCAACAACGUCGACUACUAAAUCUGCUAGCACAGUAUCGACAUCAAGUGCUGCGCCUACUAGCACAAGCACUCCAACAACGUCGACUACUGAAUCUGCUAGCACAGUAUCGACAUCAAGUGCUGCGCCUAUAAGCACAAACACUCCAACAACGUCGACUACUGAAUCUGCUAGCACAGUAUCGACAUCAAGUGCUGCGCCUACUAGCACAAACACUCCAACAACGUCGACUACUGAAUCUGCUAGCACAGUAUCGACAUCAAGUGUUGAUUCUACUAGCACAAGCACUCCAACAACGUCGACUACUGAAUCUGCUAGCACAGUAUCGACAUCAAGUGUUGCUCCUACUAGCACAAGCACUCCAACAACGUCAACUACUGAAUCUGCUAGCACAGUAUCGACAUCAAGUGUUGCUCCUACUAGCACAAGCACUCCAACAACGUCAACUACUGAAUCUGCUAGCACAGUAUCGACAUCAAGUGCUGCGCCUACUAGAACAAACACUCCAACAACGUCAACUACUGAAUCUGCUAGCUCAGUAUGGACAUCAAGUGCUGCGCCUACUAGCACAAGCACACCGACAUCGUCAACUACUGAAUCUGCUAGCACAGUAUGGACAUCAAGUGCUGCGCCUACUAGCACAAGCACACCGACAUCGUCAACUACUGAAUCUGCUAGCACAGUAUGGACAUCAAGUGUUGAUUCUACUAGCACAAGCACUCCAACAACGUCAACUACUGAAUCUGCUAGCACAGUAUCGACAUCAAGUGUUGCUCCUACUAGCACAAGCACUCCCACAACGUCAAGUACUGAAUCUGCUAGCACAGUAUCGACAUCAAGUGCUGCGCCUACUAGCACAAGCACACCGACAUCGUCAACUACUGAAUCUGCUAGCACAGUAUCGACAUCAAGUGCUGCGCCUACUAGCACAAGCACUCCAACAACGUCAACUACUGAAUCUGCUAGCACAGUAUCGACAUCAAGUGUUGCUCCUACUAGCACAAGCACUCCAACAACGUCAACUACUGAAUCUGCUAGCACAGUAUCGACAUCAAGUGUUGCUCCUACUAGCAUAAGCACUCCAACAACGUCAACUACUGAAUCUGCUAGCACAGUAUCGACAUCAAGUGUUGCUCCUACUAGCACAAGCACUCCAACAACGUCAACUACUGAAUCUGCUAGCACAGUAUCGACAUCAAGUGUUGCUCCUACUAGCACAAGCACUCCAACAACGUCAACUACUGAAUCUGCUAGCACAAUAUCGACACCAAGUGCUGCUCCUACUAGCACAAACACACAACCAACGUCAACUACUGGAUCUUUGUCGACAAUAUCUACUCUUUCUGAAUACGAUACAAUUAAAACUUCAUCUUCAUUCUCCACAACUUCAGGACAGAGUUCAGCAGUAACAUUAACAACGGAUCCAAGUACAGCUACCGAGGCUGUCUCCAAUGACCUUACUCAGACUAGCCAAACAGUCUUCAUAAGCACAACGACGAAUAAUACAACUGCCUUCAGGGAGCCUGAAAUAACCAGUGCAUCUUCAUCUACGCACUCAGAUACGGUUAGUCCGGCUAUUACAGCGGACCCAAGUACGUCUCUACCAACGUCCACCGUGGACCCUAACACGUCUCCUGUUCCCGUCUCUAUCGAUUCCACAACAAGCAGCCCAGUCGCAACCAUUUACAACACAACAUUUACAUCCACAUCCGGAACAUCGGUUUCAAUGUGCAUGUGUAACUGUUCGGAUUUGUCCAAACUUUCUACAAAAAGUUCCUCAUAUAAAGAGCAAACGUUUGAAGAAAUACUGAUGGAAUUGCAGGUGGACAAAUCCAAGCUCUCGGCAACACGGCGCAAACUUACUUCAGCACCGGACAAUCGUGUAAAGAGUAAAAGCAUGGGAAUUUUCGGGGUCGUCAUCAUUGGGGCGAUCUUUGGACUGUUGCUACUGGCCGACUUGUCUAAGCUGAAAGUACUGCGUGUGUUGUGCAAAUCGUGACUAUACGUUUUUAGAGUAGAGUUGUAGGAAAAGCGAUUAGUUUAGAAGAAGCAUAAGUUCUUGUAACGAAUACAGAAUUUUAACAAUAAUACGCAAAUAUUUCUUUUCAAAUGUGGCGAUUUAUUGCAUAUAACUCUUUGACAUGAAUUUGUAUUAAAGGUAAAGUAAGACCGCUGUAAAACGGUUCUUAUUAACAUAUAUAUGACCCUUCCGUGGCCGAAUGAUUAAUGUCGCACACUUCGAAUCCUCGUUCUUCACGGGCACUGGUUCGAGAUCUCGCUUGCGGAAAAAAAAUGUUCUUUCAUUUCAAAAAGCCAUCCAGCUUGGUGGUUCUACUUAGUUACCUGCUCGUGCCUGAAAUAAUGACAGAAUGGACACACGAUAUCUUUCUCCACCAUUAAAGUUUGAGAUGUCGAAAUAUG